AUGGACGUGCAACUUGUACAAGAAAAUGGUGAUCAUACCAGGAAACCUUUAGCAAUUCUGUUACAUGUUCAAGAAGAAACGUAUUUGGCCAACGUCCGCAAUAUAAUUGCUGAGGAGGUAUCAGACAUCAUGCCACCCGGUAAAUAUCACUUUUGUUUUGGAGGAACAGUUGUGAGCAAAGUCAUGGAGAAAGAGCUCAGACUUAAGCAAAUUCUCGAAAAAAAGUGAUGACGCGUCAUUGCACGUAGCUGUUCUAUCAAUAGAUUUACUUGAUAAUGAAGAAGGCAGCCAAGGUGAAGUUGGUUUGAAACACGAAGGAACACAAAGCCCAUCUUUUGUGUCGGCUGUCUUUGAGACUGGAUACGUACAUGAUUAUGAGUCAUUCCAACCAACAAACUCCAAAUCAGUGGCCACUUUUGAUAUAAAUAGCAACACAAUUAGCCAAGCCGAGAACCUACAGCAGAGUUUUUUCAGGGGUUUUUUAGGGCCGUUAAACGGCCCCAAAAACUCAAUCUUGAAUUGAGUUUUGAAACUCAAUCUUUCACCAAAGUUUCAGUGCAGUAAAAAUGAAGUUGUUUGAGUUUAAAUUUGUGACGUGUGGAAAUUAGUUUUCAGUUGGAAACCCGACAAUUAAAAAAAAUGGCUGGAAUUAAUCUCACAACACAAUUAAAACUAUGCAUUCGCCAUCUUUAACCAAUUUAGAAGAUUGAGUGCAGGGGGGGGGUGACACCUGCAAAAACGGACCCAAGAAAAAAGCCCUGUACAGGAGUCAUCAAUGCAAGCGACAUCCUUGCCAAGCGUAUCUUUGUUGCCUGAAACCCCAAAGAAUUUCAAGAAAGUACUUCAGCUCAGGUCACCUACAACAACUGAAAUAUGCAGUUUAAAAAUCUACACUGACAUUGAAAUAAAACGAGGAAAAGGUCAAGAUCAAGCAUACAAAUAUUUUGGAAUGAGAGGGUAAGAAAAAUGGCCAAAAACAGAAAUAUCUCUAACAAAGAAAUCUAUAGGCGUACUAUGAAAAGUGGAGACUUCAUUGUUCGAAGCUUCUGGUAAACCAUGCAGGCAAGGAAGACCUGGUCAAGGACCUGGUGACACCCAAAAACAUGCAAAAAACAGAAGAUGGACCGAAAGCAAAGAAGAUGAAGGCUGCAACAGUGCCGUCCAACAUUUCUUGCGUGAAAAUCGCUUCAGCCAAGAUAGAAAACUUGCAAGCGGAAGUAAAUUUGAAGACCGAAGUUCUGAAAAAAACAGUCGAUAGUGCAGCUAGAAAAGACAUUCUAACUGCCUUGUCAGUUGCAGACAUGUUUAGACACAUCAUGUGCCGAAUUGUGAAGAGCACAGGAUGCACUUAG